AUGCUUCGACAGUGGGCCAGACAUUACGCCAAGCCGGCCAUCAAGGUGUCGUACGACGUGGGCAAGUUUGACCCCGAGCGGAUCCGAAAGGCCACAGAAAAGGCCAACGAGCUUCUCCGCAGAAUCAACGACGAAACCAACACUGAGCACCAAGUACAGAGAUCUGCCAAUGCCAGAAUAGACGAAGCACAGAGGUCCGGAUACAAGUCAUCAGUGGUGGACGACGAUUAUCUAGAUGUGCCCACGCAUCCGCAGCAGCAGGCAGAGCUUCUGAAAAGUCACCGCUAUAAAACUUCGUCCGAGAGAUAUGUGUACAACCAGGACGGAUCGGUCACAGAUCGACUACAACGGCCCCACAAACAGUCCAGACAGGCUCCACGGUAUCCUUUGCCGUCGCAGGACGAGCGGUUUUGGUCUCAGCUCGAGGACUUCGCAGGAUUAUUGGUGUUGAAGAACGAGAGUCCUGCUACCUCUUUAAGCUACAAGGCCCUUGCAGACUCUGUGGAGUCGAUCAACCUGUACCACAAUUCGCAUAUGGACCCCCGAUUCACCGAUCCGAACGAUUUCUCGCUUGUUUGUGACUACUAUUUAACCCGCAAACUGCAUUUACUAGAAAACAGGCUCCAUCCUGCGUUCACAGCAUCUUCUCUCGACCAGACCUCGGUAGCCAUAUUGGGCAUCACUAACAAAGGUUUUGCAGAAACAACAGACCCGCUUCAGCUGUUUGUGAACGCUCUGAAGCCGAAAUUCUCCAUCAUUUGCUGUACACUGAAUGUCCCCAAAUAUCCCGUUCUCACCCAACUGAGCCAGUCCAACGACCACAUCAAACAAAAUCUAUACACUCUUGCAUCUCUGGGACUCACCAAACCCCAAAAACUAGAAAACGGCUGGAUCGUGUUGAAAGGAGAAACUAAUUAG